GUUGUACAAUUUUAACGUAUAAAGUCUAGCAAAUAUUUGCUAAAAUAUAGAAAAGGGAAUUUCUAGACAAUCGUUGUAUCUAAUUGUUAUUCUGUGCAGCUACGCGAAUCUUCAAAGCAGACAAGACAACGCGCAGAGCGGCACUAGCCACAACCGUUUAAAAUGGCUGACGAGUAUAUGCCAGAUGUCAGCAUGAUGGACACAAUUGUGCCCGCCAUACUGGGUCUCACUGCGGCCGCAGUACUUUCGACGGUGGCCUGCAUCUGUGCGAAGCAGAUGCGCAUACGGAACAAGAAGCAGAAUCAUCAUGAUUCAUCAUUCCCAUUCCAACCGACACGACGUCCGACCGCAGUUCGUUCGCCGAGUGGCCAACCGCCUCACUAUCUGAAGAAAUCGCCGUCGCCCACUGGAGGCAAGCAGAUGAGCUUGCUCUCGCCCAUGCAGGAUCAGACGACAUCGCCGAUAGCACCACAGAAUACGAAGUAUGCCGAGGAUGAUGAGUCACCGCCACAGCAGAUGGCACAGCAGCAGCAGCACCAUCAGAGCUCCAAUAAGCUAAACGUUGUGGACAAUGCCAAGAACCAUAAUCAACAUCACUCACCGGUGGAGACCAUUGCCAAUGGCAAUGUGACCAUCACACUGGACGAGACACUCUCGAAUGGCAAGGAGAUGACCAUAAGCGAUCAAUACGGCAAAUUGGGCACCAUUUACUUCAAGCUGCGCUAUCUGUCUGAGAGAAAUGCUCUAAUGGUAUCGAUAAUACGCUGCCGUGGCCUACCCUGCAAGGGUGGUGCUGGCGGCACUGGCGAUAUACCCACUGGCAUGAAUGGACGCACUCAGGCGGCCACCGAUCCCUACGUAAAGCUACAGCUGCUGCCGGACAAGCAGCACAAGGUGAAGACACGUGUGGUGCGCAAUACCAGGAAUCCCGUUUACGAUGAAGACUUUACCUUCUAUGGCUUAAGUAUAAAUGAUCUGCAGAAUAUGAGCUUGCACUUUGUUAUACUCAGUUUUGAUCGAUAUUCGCGCGACGAUGUCAUUGGUGAGGUUGUCUGCCCCUUGACCUCCAUUGAGAUUGGUGACAUAUCAAAGGAGGCGCUCUCGAUCAGCAAGGAGAUACAGCCACGCAGCCUGAAGAUACGCGCCCAAGGUCGUGGUGAGCUGCUCAUCUCGCUAUGCUGGCAGCCGGCCGCUGGACGAUUGACUGUCGUUUUGUUAAAGGCGCGCAAUUUGCCGCGCAUGGAUGUUACCGGACUGGCUGAUCCCUAUGUCAAAAUCUAUUUGCUGUACAAUGGCCAGCGCAUUGCCAAGAAAAAGACGCAUGUCAAGAAGCGCACGCUGAGUCCGGUAUUUAAUGAGAGCUUCGCAUUUGAUAUACCCGCUGCCGAGGGUGCUGGAGCUUCCUUGGAGGGCGUCUCUUUGGAGCUGAUGCUACUUGACUGGGAUCGCGUGACCAAGAAUGAGGUUAUUGGACGCUUGGAGCUUGGUGGACCCAACUCGAGUAGCACCGCAUUGAAUCACUGGAACGAGGUUUGCAAUUCGCCUCGUCGCCAAAUUGCUGAAUGGCACAAGCUGAAUGAGUAAGCGGAUUAACUUUAUCAAAAUUUGGGGCAGUGAGCCAGCGCUGGCGCCGCAAACCCAAAAACAAUAACAACAAACG